GUCUGCACAAAAGCUCUUUAAUAUUUUUAUCGUGUCUAUUUGUGUAUUUUUUUACAUCAUACACGUUAUAAACUGAAGGAGAUACUGCAGCGUCUGCAGCGUUACCCUUAACCGGUACCAAAAUGACAACACAUGAGCUUUGCGUCAGCAGGUUCUUCCAAGAAGACUCCACAUUACCAGCGAAGAAUCCCAAUAGGACACUAUCAACAAAUCUAGACUCUUCCCAAGAAUCUCAAAACUCUAGCCAGUGCUCCCUCGACGACGCGGACCUACUCACGCUCUCCCAGCUCACUAUACAAGAACAAGAACCAAUCAAAAUAGACCCCUUCUAUAACAUAACACCGAGGGAAAUGCCGCUAUCGCCCCACUACGUCUUCGAAGAAGAAUUUUCCUCAAACCCCUGGGCGAUGUUAAUAGCAACAAUCUUCCUAACGAAGACGUCAGGCAAAACCGCUAGGCCACACAUGCAAAAAUUCUUCGAGGAAUAUCCCACCCCGUAUCACGUUUUAAACGACGCCCCUACGUCGCUGGAACGUUUUUUUGAUACUUUAGGAUUAAGGAAACGAGGCCAUAUGAUUUGGAAGUUGACUUAUCAGUUCGUUUCGUCAAAAUGGCGGCGAGCUAGUGAUCUCUAUGGCAUAGGGAAGUACGGGGAGGAUGCGUAUAGGAUAUUUUGCUUGGGACACACAGAUUUAGACCCUGGGGAUAGGUAUUUAAAGCUGUAUUUAGAUUGGCUGCGUAGAACGGAAUUUUUGAAGGAUAACGGAGUGGCCGACUGUGAGUAUGUUAUCGAGGACCCGGCGUUGAAAUAUUAUAGCAUUACGUUAAGGAGUGUUGACUAAAAGUAAAAACUGUAAAUUAUGUGAAUAAUGUUCCAUUAACCAGUAAUUUGCUUCCAUUAGCUAUUUACUAGCCUUGUCAAAAAGAUUAUAACGAGCAUAAACUCAAAGAGGUUGUGUUGAUUUAAGUACCUAUAACAGAGCUUUCGUUCACUUUUGGUCUUCAUUUUGAUGUAGUGUAAGUAUUAUAGUUGUUGUAGGCAGACAAAAAGAAUAUGGCAGUAAAAACGUGUAGACCGUACGGAAAAAGAAGAGUCGUAGAAUUUAUGGGUAUUCCACGAGUACACGACUCUUCCCUUUCUGCACGAAGGGAGGCGGCAUUCGCACUAUUUCCCCUCUGCCGAGGUACAAGAUUAGCGCGUCAAUCUAAUCUAGCGCGGGUAAUAAAACUAGUUGCACUUGGAUUUUUCACUAGACCGAGUCCAGACGCGCGCGUGAACACUGCUGCACAAAAAUGCCUGUUUGCUCGGUUUUUUGUUAUAAAAAGAGGUCGGGGACGUCAAAUUUACAAAAAGAAAGUGUUACAUUUCACAUGUAAUAUUUUUUUUUACAUAUACGUUUAAUUACAUUUAAAUACAAUUAUUAUAUUUUAGUCUCAAGUAAUUGUUGGAUUUAUCGAUUUUGCUCGCUCAGUACAAAUUGCGGAUCGGUCGAGCGACAAAUCCGACUUCUCAUCUCUCAGAAUACAAUGACAUACUUCAACGGAAAUGUGUUAGUGUGCGUGUUGUGACACUAGUCACUCGUCCGUACACAAAAAGAGAUCGAGGUUUGCAAGAUUUGUCUUUGACGUGUGUCAUUUUGUAUGUAUUUGUGUCGUCAUUACAGAGGGCCUACCGCGAACCACGUUCGACGUGUUGCCUCCCUGUCACACUUACGUAUGAAUUUACA